AUGUCCUCAAAUCCCCCACUGCCAGGCUAUCAGGCCGCUAGCAUCAGCUCACUGCUAGACUCGGACUCGGACGACGAUGCCCUCAAAGCCCUAGGUUAUGCCCCCUCCUUCACCCGCGAGUUCUCCAACCUCGCCACUAUCUCCUUCGCCUUCAGCAUCAUGGGUGUCUGCUCCAGCGUUGCCUCCACCUUCAAUACGCCUCUCCUCCUCGGUGGCCCUGCCUCCGUGACCUGGUGCUGGCUUCUCGGCGGCUCAAACUGUGUCUUGCUCGAGGGCAGCAUUGCAGAAAUUGUCAGCGCGUAUCCGACUUGUGGAGGCCUGUAUACUGCUUCGGCAAAGCUGUGUCCGAGAAAAUAUAGGGCAAGAGUAGGCUGGGUUGUAGGCUGGCUGAAUAUCCUCGGCCAGUUUGUCGGCCUCUCCUCGACAGAAUUUGGCCUCGCGAACAUGAUUCUCGCCGCAGUUGUUGUAGCGAGGGAUGAUUUUGUCAUCACACCCGGAAAAGCUGUCAGACUCACCACAGCCCUCCUGUUUGUUCAUGGUAUCCUCAAUUCCCUCCGCACGCGUCACCUCGCCCUCCUCACCUCCUCUUUCCUCUUCGUCAACAUGCACCCCGCGUCCUACGUCUUUGGCUCAGACGGGCUCGUUGAUGGGACAGGGGGAUGGGGCAGGGGCAUGUCGUUCUUAUUGGGACUACUGACGUAUGCCGCCCCUGCCACCAUUGCCAUUGCCACCCUCGGGACACUUAUUAUCGGCUGGCUUCUCAACAUCACCCUUAUCCUCGUCUCAGGCCCUCUCUACCUCCUCCCAGGGCCCUCUGGAUCCGCCUUCCUCGCCAUCCUCUCGAUGCGCCUCGGCCGCGGACCUGCGCUCGCGCUCUGGUCGCUUGUAUGCCUCACUGCGUUCUGCGUGUGCCAGAGCGGGCUGCAGGCGGGUUUGCGCACAAUCUAUGCGUUCAGCAGGGACGGCGGGUUGCCUGACGGGGGAUACUUUGCGCGUGUAAAUGCGAGAUCGAAGACGCCGAUACGAGCCGUGUGGCUGACGGUGCUCGUGAGCGUUCUUCCCGGACUGCUCGACCUCGCAAGUCCCAUCGCAGCGAUGGCCAUCUUUGCGAUGAUAUCCAUGUCGAUGGAUCUAUCUUACAUAGUGCCCAUCAUCCUACGCCGGCUCUUCCACGCGCACCCCGAGGUGCAGUUUGUGCCUGGGCCAUUUGCGCUCGGAAAUGGGGUGAUGGGGUGGGUGGCGAAUUGGGGAUGUGUGGUGUGGACGCUGUUCGGAGGAAUAUGA